CUGCUGAAAAGCCUGCUGGAUCUUCCAGUGACCUGCUGUUCUUUUCUGCUUUCCUGUGUGUUUUUUCCAUCCUCUCUAGAUUUAGAUUAAAAACAAAGCUCGUUCCUCCUUCUCCCCAGUCUUUUAGACCACAGCAAAGAAGGUCUGUUAGUUGUGAGGUAGUGUUACAAGAGGAACAAGGUUUGGAAGAAGACUGUGGCACAUUCGGAUGGAGGUACGUGUUUGUUUUUGUAGCUUGUUGGGGAUAUUUGCAGAAGGACGAGACAGGGGACAGUUGGACAUGUUUCUUCAGAAUUCCCUGGUCUAGUGAGCUGUCAUACAGGGAGAGACAGACACUAAAUGGACUUUAAGAGUGGGACAUAAAACAUCUAGUCCAAGUGUAAGUGAGGGGAUCUUUUUUAUGAGUACCCCUCGUUGGAUGCACCGAUAGCUUUGUGGGAUCCGAGCACGGAAAAGAUAUAAUCAGAUUCCCAGCAGAGGAGCUUGAUCGAGGGCUCAGUUCCUGGUGGAGGGGGUACGCAGUGGUGCGGAGGGUCAGGGGAGUGAGUUGGCCAUCAAACCGAAAGCCGGCAUCUCUCCUGUGACCAUGUACCCACAGGGUAGACACCCGGUACCUCUGCAGUCUGGACAGUCAUUUAAGUUCACAGUGCUGGAGACUCUGGACCGUAUUAAAGAGGAGUUCCAGUUCCUUCAGGCUCAGUACCACAGUCUCAAACUGGAGUGUGAGAAACUGGCCAGCGAGAAGACUGAGAUGCAGAGGCACUACAUCAUGUACUAUGAGAUGUCCUACGGACUCAACAUCGAAAUGCACAAACAGGCAGAGAUUGUGAAGCGACUCAGCGCAAUCUGUGCUCAAAUCAUCCCUUUUCUCUCUCAGGAGCAUCAGCAGCAGGUUGUUCAGGCCGUGGAACGUGCCAAACAGGUCACCAUGGCAGAGCUCAACGCCAUCAUAGGGCAGCAGCAGCUCCAGCACCUGUCUCACCACACUCCAGGGAUCCCUCUCACUCCUCACCCUUCAGGCCUUUCUCUGGGUGGCACAUCUGGACUGCUGGCCCUCACAGGCGCUCUGGGAGUAUCCGCCCACCCUGGCAAUAAGGACGAACGCAAUCACCUCGACCCCGAGCACCUGCGAGAGAGUGCACCCAGCAGGAGUAAAUCAGUGUCAUCAACAGACAGUCAGGCAGUAGAGGAUUGUCAGGGUCCAUCAGGGGUUUAUUCUUCACAGACCAGCAGUGAUGCCAAACGGAGACGGUGUGAUGAAAAAGAUGUCCUCCCUUCUCACUACGACAGUGACGGAGAUAAGAGCGAAGACAAUCUUGUGGUAGAUGUCUCAAAUGAGGAUCCUUCUUCUCCCAUAGGCAGUGCCCCUCUUUCUCCACAUGGGAAUGGUUUAGAUCGAGCCCCCAUCUUGAGGAAAGAGCUCCCAGGAUCCCCAAGUCCCACACCGGCCACCCCACAACACAGCCCCCCUCCCGGGAAGAAUAAGGACACAGCGCAAACAGAGAAAACUCAGUCCCCCUCCUCUAAAUCAGGCAAUUCCUCUCCCUCUCACAAUGACCCUCUCACCCCUGGUCCACCUGGGCCCAGCACUUCCUGUUUACGCUUGGUCAACAAGCCUGCCUCCUCAGCCGACCCGCUAGCUUUGCGGAGUCCUUUGACCAUGACACCCGGUUCUUACCCGGCACACUUUGGUGUCGUGUCUCACGCCGGGCUCAAUGGAGAGCUGGCCAGCCCGGGUGGGUUCGGAGGCCCGCUAACCCUCUCGCCCCAAAUCAGUGCAGUAGCCAAUGCUUACACACGCAGCCCUAUGGUAGCGUACGAAUCUCGUUCACACCUUAGGCCCUCAGGUCUGUCCUCGUCGCUGCCUGGCUCCACUGGUGGAAAACCUGCAUACUCGUUCCAUGUGAGUGCAGAUGGUCAAAUGCAGCCAGUGCCCUUCCCUCCUGAUGCCCUCCUCGGACCCGGCAUCCCACGGCACGCCCGUCAGAUUCACACCCUCAGUCAUGGAGAGGUGGUGUGUGCGGUCACCAUCAGCACCUCCACACGUCACGUCUACACCGGUGGGAAAGGCUGCGUUAAAGUGUGGGAUAUCAGCCAACCGGGCAGCAAAAGCCCAAUAGCACAACUCGACUGUUUGAAUAGAGACAACUACAUCCGCUCAUGUAAGAUACUCCCAGAUGGGCGGACCUUGAUAGUUGGAGGUGAAGCCAGCACGCUGUCAAUCUGGGACUUGGCCACACCCACACCACGCAUCAAGGCUGAAUUAACGUCCUCGGCUCCAGCCUGCUAUGCUCUGGCCAUCAGUCCAGACAACAAGGUCUGUUUCUCCUGCUGUAGUGACGGAAACAUUGUGGUCUGGGAUCUGCACAACCAAACACUUGUCAGACAGUUCCAGGGCCACACAGAUGGAGCCAGUUGUAUCGACAUCUCCAACGAUGGGACCAAAUUGUGGACAGGGGGUCUGGACAACACUGUGCGCUGCUGGGACCUGAGAGAGGGCCGACAGCUCCAGCAGCAUGACUUCACCUCACAGAUCUUUUCUCUGGGUUACUGUCCUACGGGAGAUUGGCUUGCAGUGGGAAUGGAAAGCAGUAAUGUGGAAGUGCUGCAUGUCUCCAAACCAGACAAAUACCAGCUGCACCUUCAUGAGAGCUGUGUUCUCUCUCUCAAAUUUGCCUACUGUGGGAAGUGGUUUGUGAGCACAGGAAAGGACAAUCUGCUGAAUUCAUGGAGGACACCAUAUGGAGCAAGUAUCUUCCAGUCAAAGGAGUCUUCGUCCGUCCUGAGCUGUGACGUCUCCCCAGACGACAAGUAUAUUGUGACCGGAUCUGGGGAUAAGAAGGCCACGGUGUAUGAGGUGGUGUACUGAUCGCAGAAAUGAGGGAUGUGUAAAUGGGUGGAAGUAAAACAAUGGAAAGCAUGGAACAAUCAUGACAAGUAUGGUGGGCAACCAUAGCUCUUCAAUUUGCUGUCUACUGUUUACAUCCUGGUCCUUUCGCCCUACCCAAUGAACUAUAUCAAGCAUUUGAGCAUCAGCGUAACACAGCAUCAUGGGUGCAACAAAUGGUGCAAGUUUGGGGUGUCGCUAUUUUUGGUGACCAGUGGAAGAGAAAGGGAGUGUUUGAGAAACCUGUUUAUAAACAGUCAUUAUCUCCGCAAUUCGGUUCGGUGAUGCUAGUUGUGCAGAAAUCACCUUUACAAACUUUUUUUACACUAAAUUGUACAAAAAAAUGGAAAAACAACUGUAUUUAUUACCAAGAUGAUUACUGAACAUAACUCAAAUUAAAAAUGCAAUGUAGUGACAACAAUGUAGCAGACGAAUGUUUGAUUCAUUUAUUGUUCCAUACUUUUUCACAUGCUAUUUCUUAAAAAUAGUAUGCAGUAUACACUGCAUAGUAUGCUCGUUUUCUAUUCCAAACAUAGAAAAUAAGAGGGGAGGUGUUAAUUAGAACAGUCUCCACAUAAAAUUCUUAGCUAAAACAAAGAAGCCCCAAAUAAGACAGCAGGUAGCUGCUACUUACAGACACAACAAUACCAGACAAUCAUUUCAUUAGUUACAAACUCUCUUCAAUGGGGCAUAUGCAAGAAAGUGCAACAUCUUUCCCCAAAGAGAACAGACAGUUUGGAUGCUCCUGGCUCACACUGGGGCGUCUCCGUCUAAACAUGAUAUGGGCAAACAAACAAUUCUCCACUCUCUUAUCCAACCCAAUUAUACAUUCAUGUGGCAAAUCCCAGAUGAAUUCUCCAACCUGCAUUUAAAUUCUUUCUCCCACAAGCUGGUGUCUAAUGAGGAGCACGGGCAAAUCAUGCAGGAUUCAUGCUGCAAAUAUUCACAACCAUGACCGUUUUUCAUUUUUAUUCCUGUGGAUUAACAUACAGAUGUUGUACUCAUUUGCGAUUUAAUUCUUAAUGACUUUAAUGUCAUUAAUUAUUAGGUUUGAAUUGGGAAGAAAAAUUCUUGAUUGUACCAUCUUAUUGAGAUGAAGCAAUGCAUUAAGACUGAUAAUCUUAAAGGGAUGGUUCACCCCAAAAAUGAAAAUUGCUUGUUUACAUCGACACCUGAAAGCCGUUAUUGCGAGAAAGCUGCUUAAGGGUUGAAAUCAGUGUUUACGUUUACAUGCACUGUGUUAGCAGCUUUAUCUGUAACCCUGUGUACAGCUUGGCUAGUUCUUCACAGCAACGGAAUUUCCCCACAACACUUGUGUAAAUAACGAACAUGGCAUCCGAGCAAGACUCACCUUUUUAUUUUCUGUUCCUUCGCUUUGUUUACAGAAAUAACAGAGUUGUUGCUUUAUUUGUUUACUUAACUUUCCAUCUCCACCGGGAGUGGGGUUUCCCUCUUAUGUCAAACUCCGGUAUUCCCCCAGUGUAUUUGAGCGUGAAUGUGAGGGAAAAUAUUUGAUAUUUUAAAUUGGUGUAUAUAAAUGGGUAGUAUAUUUUGUAUGUGCUUUUCCACUGUGUUGACUUGUUGUUGGGCUCCAUCCUAUGACAUUAGUUAUUCAGUCUGUUCAUGCACAUGCGCACUCUUCACAACCUGUAAGAACGCCACUAAUGCAUUUACAUGACUGCAUAAGCCGCAUUUUCCAGGAGAAACCCAGAUGUGUUAAAGCGCUUAAUCCCUUAAACAGCAUAAGGAAAAAUGCAUUUUCUUUUACAACAUAUUAGAACACCUUGGAAUAUACAGUUUUCUUAAGUGAUUUAAAUGUAGUCAUUGUCACCCUCAGAUGUUGCUCCAAACCUGUAUGACUUUCUUUCUUCCCUGUAACACAAAAAGAGAGUUUUGGCAGAUUGUCAGAGCUGCUCUAUUCAUAAAAUGAAAGUGGAUGGGGACCAGAGGUUAUCAAGCACCAAAAGGACAAAAGCACCAUAAAAAUAUAAUAGUGUGUAUAUCCUAAGUCUUCUGAAACCCUUACAGUAGCUUUGUGUAAGGAACAGACAUUUAGAAAUUUGUCGUUAUUAUUCAGAAAUUUGUUAUUAUUCACAGAAAAUCAACAGCUUGGACAUCUGGUCUAAAUUACUCCUUUUGUGUUUAAUAGAACACAUGUAAAAAUACAUGAGGUUAAGACCACAUUCACACUAGCCUGUUUUCAUUUGAAAACUGUUUUUAGUUUCUCAAUGUCAUCGUUUUUCAAAGUAUGUGGUAAUGGAGAGCUUUUUGGGUGAAGGAAAAUGUAGUGUACAUGAGAGGCGUAAUUGUCCAAAAAUUAAUGCGUUUUCAAAUGAAAAUGUAUAAGUGUGAAUGUGGCCUAAGUAAAUGAUGACAUAACUUAGAUGUUUUGGUGAAAUAUUCCUUUAAUAGUUUUCCUGAAAACUAUAUAUUUUUUUAAAUAUUCCUGGAAAAUGUGUUCAACUGAAAUUGGUGCAAAAAUACAACUAUCAGAGAAAAAUUUUACAUUUGUAAAAUGUAAAACAAAAAACAUGCAACCUCUGCUUGAAAACCUGAGGUCCUAACACAGAACUUUGUUGCACACCAUAAUAUGAAGAGCAAUGGUUGCCAACCUGACCAGGAAUGUUCUAAGAUCAACAACAGGAUUCAUCUACCACAUGCACCAAACAUCCUGCUGAGAACAGAUUUUUUAAAUUACUGUUUUGUUUUGUCUAUUCUUCUUUUGAUCUAUAAUGCUUUUCUUAGCACUGAAAAUCUCAGAAAGGUUGAAUGAGUCAAAUGAAUGUUUGGCUUGUGAGCUUACCAAACAGAAGGAAUUGUAUGAAAUCAUUAGGUUCUUUUGUUUAUGGCAAUAGUAAGCAGUGUUACUACCGUGUUUUGAUCAGUCUGUUAUUAUGCAGAAAGUGCAGUGUGUUUCUUUUUCAUCAAUAGCUGAAAAUAUGGCUGCCUGUGAACAGUGGCAGUCUUACUGCAAGAUCUGUCUUACAUCAUGCUAUCAGAAUAUCUGUAUCUAUCAACCCUUACAUUAUGCAUUGUUUCUAUACAGAGAAUAUCUACCGUCAAGUUUUUGUUUAAAACCCUCUCGAAAGCCAAGGACAAUUUUUCGAAGGCAUAGCUGUGAUAUCCCUUUGUAGCACUCCCCAUGUGAUGUAAAAGACAUGUAUACAUUGAAAAAUAAACUUGUGGUCAUUUUUUGAA